AUGUCAUUCUGCACGGUUACCAAGAUUAUCCUCCUUCUCGCACUCUGGGGAGCUGGAGGGUUCGCCCACAUGCAGAUGAGCAAGCCGCUUCCCAUUCGAAGUCCUUUGGACUCAUAUCCCACCGGGCCUGUGGACUACGGUUAUACCAGCCCAUUGAAUGCGUCCGGGAAAAAUUAUCCUUGUAAAGGGUACGAAAAGGAUCCUUUUGUCUCUCAGGCAUUCUAUGUCCCGGAAUCGUCAUACGAAACCAAGAUUCAAGGACAUGCACCACAUGGAGGAGGCUCUUGCCAGCUUUCGCUGAGCUAUGAUCAAGGCCCCCCUGGGGAAGCGUUGUUUGCUUGGACGUGGUUCAACAGAAUUGGAAACCGCGAGAUGUAUAUGAACUGCGCCAUGGUCACUAUCGGUGAUGCUCCCGACAGUUUGAAUGAUAACAAAAACGUCACAAACAGUCCGAAGUUUGAGUCUCUUCCAGAGAUCUUUAUUGCAAAUAUCAAUGGUGAAGGGAAAUGCGUUACUUUUGAGGACCAAAACGUUAGCUUCCCUCUUCCGGGUCCCAAGGUCAUUGGGAAGCCUGAUUCCAAGGGAUACAAUUGCACUGAAGAUGCUGCAUUUCUGGACAAGAGUCCAACUAAGCAAGAGCCCAAUCCUAAAAACAACUCAGGCCAGACAACGCUGCAUGUGUUCGACCUCAAACUGCAAAUAAUCCCCAUACUUUUCUGUUUGCUGGUGAAUUAG